GAGGCCGCGCCGCGGGCGGCGCCGCCGGCCAGCGAGGCGCAGCGGUGCGCGCUGGGCGGCGCCGGAGGGGCGGGGCUCGCGCAGAAGCGGGCGGGUGCGGAGCCCGAGGCCGCCUGCAGCGGCGCGGCUGCGCCCGGCAGCCUGGACCUCGUCUCGCCCCAGCGCAGGAGCAAGCGGAUCCGCCUCACCGGCUCCCCGGGCGCGGCCUCGGACUCGGGCUCCGGGACGCCCUCCGUGCUCCUGGCGCCGUCGGCCCCGGCGGUGGCGAUUGACCUGGACGACCUGUCCGAUGGCUCGCCUGCGCGCGAGCUCGGUCCGAUAGGGACCGCGGGGGGGCCGGCCCAGGACGCAGGCUAGGGUCAGCUCAGGACGCAGGCUAGGGCGCGCGCGGGGGAGUGCGAGCCGAGCGGUAAUUUCAGCAGGGGCCAGCGACGCGGAGCUCAGUCGGUGGCGCCGCCUCUGCUGCGCAUAGAGGCCAACACGCGUUCGCCGCCGAUCCUUGCGGGCACGGAAAAGGGCCCCCCAGGGGGCAGCGAGG